GUUAUACUGGAUACCCCAAGAGCAGAAAGAUCCAGAAAUGGUCACAUAGGCUGCAAGCAGACCACACAGGCUUUUUCGCUCAAUUGUGACGGUAAUUUGGAUGCACCACUAAAUUUUGCGAGAGAAACGGCAAUGGAAACUGUUAUGGAAACACCGUUAAGAAAGGGACAUCCUCGUGUGUCAAUGCAGACACUUGUCGAAUCCGCCAUACAUUCCACGAGAUCACUCUAUGAAACUACAAAACGCUUUAAAGAUCAUCACGGAAUUUUACGGAGGCUUCGAGAUGAGCUUGAAGACCUUAUCGGUGAACUGAUGUCCCUGACGCAAAUUACAAAUACCGAAGAGUCGAUUUUAACGAUGCUUCAACGACCUAUAGAGCGAUAUAACCACAUAUGCAUCGAGUUUAGAGAAUCCAUGGAUGCCUUUAGCGCAAAAUCCAAAAUAGGAUUUCAAGACUGGAGAAAGAUGAGUUUCAUGGGAGGCGAUAUUAAUGAAUUUAUGGACACCAUUGCAGGUUAUAAGUCGACGAUCGCAAUCGGCAUAGGCACUAUUACUAUACAUACCUCUCAAAGUUCCCAUCAAGCUCUUGAGGAAUAUAAGGAGUUGAUCCAUGACGCAGCAUUUGAUCUUCAGGUCCAUCUGCAAAGAAUCGAUGAAAAAUUGACCCAUUUAACCGUGGAAACUCUCAAUCCUUCGGAGUCUAGCAUAUGCAACCGUCCGUAUGUAGGGCAUCAAUUCAGUGAUGUUCGAAUUAAUGGAGAGAAUCGAGUUCACCUGGGAGACAGUAUCAGUGUUAAUCAUAAUCAUUAUUACCUAAUGAAAUUCUCUACACAAAGACACAGAAAAGUUAUGCGAGAUUGAAUGAGUCCACCCAGGAGUUGAGUGAUUACUUAGCCCCUCAAAUCAAUUGGAAAACUGAAGUGUGACGCCUCUGAACAAAUUUCGUUACAAUAUCCCAAUUGGCAUUUUGACAGCUAGUAGUUUGCCAGUCCUUCAAAGCAAUGAAAGAGCUCUUUGAGGCAAUA